AUGGGUGCUUCCAAGCAGCAACGUCCUAAGACAUCUAAGAAGAUAAAGCAAGAUUCUUUCAUCAAGAAGGAAUGGCGCCACGUUCUUGUUCCAGCUUACUUCACAGGCAAGCGUGACAUCGGUGUUACAGUUUCCAACAAGUGCGCUCGUGGCCGUGUUCCAAUGGACUACGUCAACAACCGCGUUUGGGAACUCUCACACGCUGACAUGGUCAACGAUCUUUCCCACGCUUACAGACUCUUCUCCUGGAGAUCCAUCGCUGCUGGUUCUGAAGUUUACACACAGUUCGCCGGCAUGCGCCUUACACACGACAAGCUCGACUCCAUCAUGAGAAAGUACCGCACAAUGAUCGAUGCUUCCGUCGAUGCCAAGACAGCUGAUGGCUUCAUCCUCCGCCUCUUCACAAUCGGCUUCACAAAGAAGCUCGCUAACUCCCACAAGAACCACACAUACGCCAACUCCCACAAGGCUCGCCAGGUCCGUGAUGUCAUGAUCAAGGCCCUCACAGACGCUUGCGAGGCCAACGGCGUUGAGCAGCUUUGCAAGGACUUCGUCGAUGAGAAGAUCGAGAACGAAAUCGUCGAUAAGUGCAAGCAGAUCUGCCAGAUCGAAAGUGUCUACAUCACAAAGGUCAAGGUCAUCAAGGCCCCAGCUCUCUCCAACGAGCAGGUCAAGACACUCAAGAUCUCCAAGGAUGCCGCUCAGCUUUCCCUUGCUCCAACAGAGCGUCCAACAGAAGAGUAA